AUGUCGGCUCUUCGCACGUCCCGGGUGCUCGGCGCCCAGAUUUCCGCCGCUGCUAGUGCCACGGCCUUUAGGCCCGCGGCUGCCAUGUUUGCCCGCACCAUGGCUACCGUCAGCGAACCUCCCAAGGCCGAGAAGCCCAAGAGGAUGAAGACCUUCCAGGUUUACCGCUGGGACCCCAACAACCCCACCGAGAAGGCGCACCUUCAAAACUACGAGCUCGACCUCAACGAGACCGGUGAGAUGAUUCUCGACGCCCUCUUCAAGAUCAAGGACGAGCAGGACUCCUCCCUCGUCUUCAGGAGGAGUUGCCGUGAAGGUAUCUGCGGUAGCUGCGCCAUGAACAUCAACGGCCAGAACCACCUUGCGUGCCUUUGCCGUAUUCCCGACGAUGGCAAGGAUGUCAAGAUCUACCCUCUUCCUCACACCUACGUUGUCCGUGAUCUUGUUCCGGAUCUUACCCACUUCUACGCCCAGCUCAAGUCUAUCAGGCCUACCCUAUUACGCACUACUCCCUCUCCUGAUGGCAAGGAGUACCGCCAAUCCAUUGAAGAACGAAGCAAGCUCGACGGUCUCGACGAGUGCGUGCUUUGCGCCUGCUGCUCGACCUCGUGCCCCUCGUACUGGUGGAACGCCGAGGAGUACCUUGGCCCCGCCAUCCUCCUCCAGUCUUACCGCUGGCUCGCCGACUCCCGAGACGAGAAGACUGCCGAGAGGAGACAGAACCUCAACGAUAGCAUGGCUCUCUACAGGUGCCACACUAUUCUCAACUGCACGAGAGCCUGCCCCAAGGGUCUUAACCCUGGUCUUGCCAUUGCCAAGAUCAAGAAGGAGCUCUCUUUCUAA